GAGGGCGGCGGGGAUGGAGGGCGGCGGGCAGGGCCGGGGCAGCGCUGCGGGCGGGCGUCAGGCGGGGGCUCCCCGCUGUGGGCGGAGCGGUGCGCGGCCGCGGAGGCGGGGGCCGGGCCCGCGGCUGCAGCUGCGGCCGGGGCUGCUCGUCGCCCGGGAGGGGAGAGGCGGGCUCGGACGUGCCGCCGUGCCUCCUCUGUGCAGGGGUAGAGCACAAGCCACGACGGGAACACGCCGGGCGCUUCCCAGGCUCAGGGAGAGGAGGCUCGUCCCUGCCGCCUCGCUGGACCUUGCUGCGAGCUCCGAGAGCAGACUUGUCAGUGUAAUGGGGCUCGGAGGGGAGCCCAGAGUCGCUUUCUCGCUUGCGGACAGCAGGAGCCCCCAUUCAGCGCAGGGCAGUUGAAUCCCGCUGGCGGCGGAGCACCGAGUGCCGGAGCAAAGAACCGGGACGAGAUUUAUUGCUUCAUUCCCAGGAACGUCGCUUUCACCUGCGAGCGAGUUUGAGCAGCAGGCUGUGGAUUUUAUAUUUGCUUCCCCACAAACCAAGGUUAGUCGGGUGGCUUUGGCUUUUUGGGAAGGAGCCCUGACCCGGCCCCACCGUCUGCGAUGGAUUGAGGCGCGCCCGGCUGCGCCCCGAGCCCGGCCACCGCCCGCAGCCCACAUAGAUGAGAUGGAAAAUCGGGGGCUCUUCUGCACCCUCUGUUACCUGAUGUUCAACGCACCUCUGCUCUUCAUAGUCACCGCUACCUUUACUGAAGUUCCCAAAGAUGUGACUGUUAGGGAGGGCGAUGAUAUUGAGAUGCCUUGUGCUUUCCGAGCCAGCGGAUCCACCUCUUAUUCCUUGGAAAUCCAGUGGUGGUACCUUAAAGAACCAGCCAGAGAACUUGCCCACGAAUUUGCCAUCAGUGUCCCCGGCAGCAGGAACAAGGUAUCAAAUAAGGAUGCAACUAAAAUCAGUACUGUCCGCGUCCAGGGCAACGACAUCUCGCACCGGCUGCGGCUCUCGGGCGUGCGGCGGCAGGACGAGGGCGUCUACGAGUGCCGCGUGGCGGACUACAGCGACGACGAGACGCAGGAGCACAAGGCCCAGGCGCUGCUGCGCGUCCUCUCCCGCUUCGCGCCGCCCGACGUGCAGGCGGCCGAGGCGGUGUCGCACAUCCAGAGCGGGGUGGCCCCGCGCCGCCACGGCCCCGCCGCCCGGCCCACGCCGCCGCCCGGUCCCGGCAAGCGCCCGCCGCCGCCACCGCCCCCGGCCGACGGGGGCGACUCCGUCGCCAGCGCCACCGCCACCACCUCGACGGCCGCCGCUGCCUCCUCGGCCUCGCCGCCGCCCGGGCAGGCCGCCAUCCUCCGCCAGCAGCACGGGUCAGGUACAGGACCUAUUUAUGCUACAGAUCCGUUCCUAUAUAUGUCCCUGUUAAUACUGCAUAAGCUUGUACAUUUAUUAGUAAACCACUGACGGACUACUUCCUCCACUCCUCAGCCAAACAGAAAGGAACCUAUUUAAAAACAGAACCUGACAAAAAAAAAUACCUACAGUUUUAAAGAUGGACAGAAAGAGACUGAAAGAAGCAUGAUAAAUUCUACGUGGGGGGAAAACCUUAUUUUUGGGGAAGCCACAGAAAGUAAACCACAUAGAAUAAUGCAUCUAGUUUCCAGACUCUAUGGUGGAAAGCCCUGCUCUGUGCAUGGCACUUUUGAUUUCUCUAUUUUAAUGUAAUAUUUCUUUUCUUUUCUAAACCUUUCCUCUGACUCUUCAUUUUGCACGAACUGUUGAGCAGUUAUCUUUAUGACAAUAUGUAAAGAUGUUGGGUCAAAGCCCUUCCUAAGAAAGGAAAUAUUUUUAGUAGAUUAUUGUGUUUAGGUUUUUUGGAUUUCCUUUUUCUUUUUUAAUUAAAUUAUUUCUUUUGGAGACAUUUUAAUUAAAAAGGUACAUCUUACCAUAAUUAAUAUUCACUGUCAAUAAUAUUUAUUUUUAAAUGAAGAUUGGAAACAAGGUAAGACUUUUGUUUAUAAACUGUAUUGUAUAUUGCUGAAUAACAGUUGAAUAAAAAGAUUUUGAAAUAAAGUUUUUAUAGA